AUGUGGCUUGAGGCCGAAAUGGAGGAGCUCAUAGAAAUCUACCGCUGUGGUCAUUCACUCCGAGGAGCUUGCAAUGAAUAUCACAGACGACAUCCGAAUAGACGUAAGCCAACUCACAGAUAUUUGACUCAGUUGCUGAAGCGAUGCCAGGAAACUGGGUCUGUUGCUCAUCGGUCGCGGAAAGGAUCGUCUCCUCGUGAUGCAGAGCUGAGAUUAGUUGUUGCAAACAUGGCACGUGACAAGCCAUCGAUGACAAAUCUUGAGCUGGCAGAACAUUUCGGUGUUAGCCGCGCUUUUGUGAGUCGUACACUGAUGUUAUAUGGGAUCAAGCGCCAUACGUGGGAUAUAAUCCAACGUUUUACGGAUGAUGCGCGAAAGAGCCGUCUGCAAUUUUGUCAGUGGUUUUUGGGCAAACUGUCUGAGACGCCCACCAUGGCUAAUGAUAUUUUGUUCGCUGACGAAGCUGUGUUCAACCUUCAUGGAGUGGUCAAUCACCAUCAUAUAGUCCAGUACAGUUCAGUUCGUUCCCAGGUUAGCGUAGAUGAUCAUCAUCAAUAUAACUUGAAAUUACUGGUGUGGUGUGGACUUCACAAUCGUACGUUAGUUGGCCCUUACUUCUUCGAUGGAAGUUUCAACGCUCAACGUCUAGUGGAUUGUUUUUCCACAGUUGUUGGCCCCUACUUGAAGUCUCUUGCAGAUGAUGUGCGCCAUCGGAUUUAUUUUCUGCAUGAUACGGUGAAUCCGCACUGCGCGGUCAUGGUCAAGUCUUGGCUGGACAGUCAUUUUCCGCAACAUUGGAUCGGAAAAGGUGGCUUGUUCGAAUGGCCUACAAGGUCUCCUGACUUAAAUCCCAUGACAUUUUUCCUAUGGGACUAUUUGGGUUCCAAAGUAUACGACCCACCUCCGAAGAAGUUGGAGGAAUUACGCACAAAUAUUCGCACUGCAUGCGCUUCUUUGAACUCAGUUCAUCUAGGUGAGGUCAGUUCCAGUUUGUCGAGACGCAUCUCAGAAUGUCUAGAGAACAGUGGUGGAACACUUGGUAGGCCGAGAAAGGAAUAG